UCGCGGGGUGCGUGCACAGGGCCUGCUGCUUCCGGCCGGGGGGGAGGGGGGUCGGUGCAGAGUCAGCUGGGGAGGGGGCGGGAGGAAGAGCGCGAGCCGGAGCCGGAGCCGGAGCAGGAACCGGCCUCGACGCCAGGAACGCACCGCGAGCAAGCCGGCCCCGGGAGCCCCUGCACCGCGCCCCCACCACCACCAUGGGCAACAUCUUCGGCAACCUGCUGAAGAGCCUGAUCGGCAAGAAGGAGAUGCGCAUCCUGAUGGUGGGGCUGGACGCGGCCGGGAAGACCACCAUCCUCUACAAGCUGAAGCUGGGCGAGAUCGUCACCACUAUCCCCACCAUAGGGUUCAACGUGGAGACUGUCGAGUACAAGAACAUCAGCUUCACCGUGUGGGACGUGGGCGGCCAGGACAAGAUCCGGCCGCUCUGGCGGCACUACUUCCAGAACACCCAGGGGCUGAUCUUUGUGGUGGACAGCAACGACCGGGAGCGGGUGAACGAGGCGCGUGAGGAGCUGAUGCGGAUGCUGGCCGAGGACGAGCUGCGGGACGCCGUGCUCCUCGUCUUCGCCAACAAGCAGGACCUGCCCAACGCCAUGAACGCGGCGGAGAUCACGGACAAGCUGGGCUUGCACUCCCUGCGUCAUCGCAACUGGUACAUCCAGGCCACGUGCGCCACCAGCGGGGACGGGCUCUACGAGGGCCUGGACUGGCUGGCCAACCAGCUGAAGAACAAGAAGUGAGCGAGAGCCGCCCCUCUCCCACCCCCUCGCAGGCUGGCAGGACCCGUCGGCUGCCCGCGCGGGGCUGCGUGGGUCUCUUCCCCCCUCCCCAGCUCGUUGGGUUUUGCUUUCGUUCCGGCACCGGUUGCUGUGGGUUUGAUCUGGGGUCUCAGUUCUGGUCCCCCCCGCCCCCGAGGUUUGCACGGAUCUCUGUGUGUGUGUGAUGAAUAUAUAGAUAUAUAAAUAUAUAGGGGGGCGGGGGGCAUCUGCUUCCAUGCUGGGGCAGGCCCCCUGCUGCCCAGGGCUGGGGGGGGGCGGGGGGGCACACGGACGGACCUGCGUGUGGCAGUGGCCUUUCUUUUGUGUUGUUUUUAUGUUGUUCUUGGUGCCCUGUGACGUGAGUCUAAACACGGAGGUGAAUUCCUCAAGGCAGCUUUAAGCUUCUGUGUGGGGGGGCUGCCUGGUCUGUGCUGUGGGGGGGGCACUGCAGGGGGAGGGGGGCAGCUGGGGGAGUCGGUUCUGGGUCUCAUCACUUUCCAUCUUUCAUGGGGGGGGGAUUUAGAAUCACUUGCUAGGGCAGCGCCCCCUGCUGGCAACGUGGCCCUUCCCCCAGCCUCCCUGCUGCAUGUGCCCUGAAAACCCCCUGCCACUCCCCCCAACACAUUCCCUGCCCUCCCCCCGCACCACACUGUACAGACACAAGGGGGGCUGGCAGAGCUGGUGGGGGACUGGCCAGUGUAGUCUCUGUGCAAGGGUGGUGAACGCUCCCAAGGGGGGGCCGGGCCAGGGGCGGGGGUGUGUGGAUUCAGUGGCAGAAUCGGGACCAGGGUGGAAAUUGCCACUCAGCCUCGCGCCCCACCCCCCUCCCCAGGGUUUCAGAAGCUGCCGGCCCCUUAUCCGGCCCCAGCUUCCCUGCGUCUCCACUGGGGCAGUGCACAAAGGCACCCACAGCUGCUAAAUGACCACACACACCCCCCCCCGCCGAGGUCACCCCGGAGCAAAACGAAGCUCAGCAGGGCCCUGCUGCAGGGGCCUGGGUAUCCCCCCCCCCCCCCCCCCCCGACACCAAAUCAUGUCACUUCAAGAGGCAGGAUUCCUCCCCCUGCAGCAGCCCCCCCCCGCCUCUGCAGCAGGGGGGGUCACUCCCAUUAUCACGACUGCUUGCUGUGGGGACACCCCGAGAGGCGCCUGCUGGGCUGAGCAGGAGUUUAGGGGAGACACAUCAGGGACCGCUGCCCCCCAGGACUUGCCCAUAGCAGAAGGAUGGUAGCCCUGGGGAUCCUGUCCCCCAGGGGCGAGUGGUGGGAGCCCGUUAGCUCAGUUUGGGCUGGGUAAUUAGUUGCUGUUCCUCGGUGGGCUGGUUGGCAAGGGGUAUAUUAAUUUUUUCUUUGCACCCUCCCCCCCCCGCAGUCAUGCAUGUGCCCCCCCCAUCCCUCUUCCCCAAGAUGGAGGGAAAUUGGGCCUCACCCACUCCCCCCAGCUUGGGGAGCCACCUAACCAGCCAGCAGGGGGGAGCGAUUAGCAAGUAACGCCAGCGCCUUGAGUGUCCCCCUCCCCCCCCCCCCCGGGCAGCACAGUGAUUGUAACGAGAACAUCCCGCCCCCCACCCCCCCGCCCCGGGCGGGCGGACAUACUGUCAGCUCCUCCCCAGCACAUGUAUUUAUAUCCCCCACCCCCCGGUCUGUGCUUGGUGUGACAUGUUGCCCGUGGUUCUGCCCUGGGACGUGGCCCGUGUGUAUAGCACCACCUGCCCCCCCACAGCUCUCGAGUGUUGGAUACACGCGGACUCCUGUACCCCCAUUGAAUAUGAAACAUGUUUUAUGUAACGCUG